UUCUGGGGGAGGAUUGGUGUUGUUGGUCAUUGUGUAAAGAAUAUGGCACAAGAUACAAAGGCUAUUGAAGCUAAAAAUAGAGGUAAUGCAGCUUUUUCUGCAAAAGAAUUUGAAAAAGCAGUGGAAGCCUUUUCAGAAGCGAUUCAAUAUGAUCCAGAUAAUCAUGUGCUCUAUUCCAAUCGGUCAGCAGCUUAUGCUAGUCUUGGGAAAUAUCGUGAAGCUUUAGAAGAUGCCAAUAGUUGUAUUCAAAGGAAACCAGAUUGGGCAAAGGGAUAUUCUCGUAAAGGUGCUGCUUUAUAUGGUUUAGGACAAUAUGAAGAAGCCAUAGCAGCUUAUGAACAAGGCUUGCAGAUAGAACCCCAUAACGAAGCACUAAGGGAAGCCAAACAACAAACUAUAAACUGUUCUUCCAACCAAAACUCUAAGAGUGGUUUAUUUGGACCUGAGACUUUGGCUCAAUUGGCAAUGAAUCCCAAUACUAGAAAGUUAUUACAGGAUCCCUCCUUUAUGCAAAUCCUAAAAGAAAUGCAACAAAAUCCAUCAGCUAUAGGAAAAUAUUUACAAGAUCCUCGUGUCAUGGAAGUAUUGAGUGUGUUAACUGGAAUGAGGUUUGAUAAUAGUCCAUUCCAACAAGAAUCCAGUUCUAGUGCUUCCCAAAAUAAUGAUGAUAAUAAUAAUAAUAACGAUGAAGAUGCAAAGAUGAAUGAAAAUAAUAGUUGCGAUAAGGAAAUGUCUCAACAAGAGUAUAACAAUCCAUCAGAAGAAAGUCUCCAAAAGCAACAAGCAUUGAAAGAAAAGGAAUUAGGCAAUGAAUAUUAUAAGAAGAAGCAAUUCCAAGUUGCUAUCGAACAUUAUAACAAAGCAAUAGAAUUGGAUCCUUGGAACAUAUCUCUCCUUACUAAUAGGGCUGCUGCUUAUUUGGAAAUGGGUGAAUGUGAGAGAUGUAUGGAAGACUGUCAAAAAGCAAUUGAUUGGAAUAUAGAAUACAAUUUACGUACCGAUUAUAAGAUAAUAGCGAGAGCCUAUUCUAGAAUGGGAAAUGCCUAUGCAAAGAAACAAGAUUACGAUAAAGCUAUAGAGUGUUAUGAAAAGUCUCUUUUGGAAUAUCACGACGAUAAGAUUCAAUCCAAAUGCAAUGAAUUGAAGAAACAAAAGAAGAAAUGGGAAGAAGAGGCUUAUAUGGAUCCUGAGUUAUCCAAAGUGGCUAAAGAAGAAGGAAAUAGUUUGUACAAACAAGGCCAAUUUCCAGAAGCCUUACAGAAGUAUACGGAAGCCAUCAAACGUAAUCCAAAGGAUCCCAUUCCUUAUAGCAAUAGAGCAGCUACUUAUACCAAAUUGGGACAGUUUCCUAGUGCUUUAGCAGAUUGUGAAAAAUGUUUGCAAUUGGAUCCCCAGUUUGUGAGAGCUUAUGCUAGGAAGGGUGCCAUUCAUUUCUAUAUGAAAGAAUAUCAUAAGAGUUUGGAUGCCUAUCAAAAAGGAUUACAAGUGGAUCCUAAUAAUACAGAAUUGAAAGAAGGGUUACAGAAAACGCUAAGUGCUAUUGCAGAACAACAACGUUCAGAGAAACCUGAUGAAGAACAAAUCAAACAUGCUAUGGCAGAUCCCGACAUUCAAAAGAUAUUGAUGGAUCCUGUUUUACAAAAUGUAUUACAAGAAGCUCAAUCAGACCCGAGUUGUAUACAGAAAGCCAUGUCGAGUCCCGGAAUGGCAGCCAAAAUUCAGAAACUCAUUGCUGCAGGUAUUUUACGUGUUGGAUAAACAACUUGUUCUUUUUUGAUUAUUUAUUAUAUGAACCAAAAGAAUAUUCUUUACAAGUCAAAGCACCCACAGGACACAAGUCAAUCACAUUUCCUGAUAACUCUGAACGAAAUACUUUUUCAAUAUAAGUAUUUAUUUCUGUAUCUCUUCCACGUCCUGUCGUUCCCAAAUCAGGUACUCCAGCCACUUCAGUUGCAAACCUUACACAUCGAGUACAAUGAAUACAUCUGGUCAUAAUAGUUUUGAUCAAAGGACCACAAUAUUUAUCUUCCACAGCUCUCUUAUAUUCAAAAAAUCUUCCUCUAUCCGAACCAAAUACCAUUGCUUGGUCUUGCAAGUCACAUUCUCCACCUUGAUCACAUAUAGGACAAUCCAAAGGGUGAUUCAGUAAUAAAAACUCCAAUACUCCUUCUCUUGCUUUUCGAACUCGAGGAGAGUGGGUCAAAACACGCAUUCCUUCCAUUACGGGCAUAGCACAAGAAGCAGCCAAUUUGGGAGACUUUUCAAUCUCCACCAAACACAUGCGACAAUUACCAGCAAUAGAAAGACGUUCGUGAUAACAGAAUCGAGGUAUCUCUACUCCUGAAAACUCACAAGCUUGAAUAAUAGUGGAACCUUUAGGUACCCAAUGUUCUUCUCCGUUGAUGAACACGGACACCAAAUGGUCAGGU